CUGGGCCGUGUGGCUCCAGCCACACCUCGCCCGGCACGGCCGGCUCUGCCGGAUUCCCGGCUUUCCCCGAGGCUUGUUUUUCUGCCCCGCGGUUUCCUGGAGCCAAAUGGCUCCUGCCUGCCUGCUCGGGGUCUGCAGCCUCCUCUGUGCCUGGGCAGUGGCGACGGGACACCCCUGCAACCUCGACCACCAGGGAUGGGCCGACUGCCAUGGGAAGAGCCUCCAGAAUGCUCCAAGUUCCCUUCCAAGCAACAUCACCAGUUUGGACCUCUCCUUCAACUCCUUGGUCAUGCCCCAUCACAGGACUCUUUUGAUGCAUUUCCCUUCCCUGCACACCCUCAACCUCUCUAGCAAUGCCCUGCUGGUUCUGAGCCCAGCAGCCUUCUCCAACCUUGGGGCACUGCGUCUGCUGGACCUGAGCAGCUGCAGCAUCACCUACCUCCACAUGGACGCUUUCAAGGGCUUGGGAAACUUGCACACACUGCUCCUAAGAAACAACAGCCUGCAAGAGCUUGAGGUCUCUUUGUUCCUGCCACUGAAGGCACUUUUCCACCUGGACCUGCAGCAGAACGCGCUGGUCUCUGUGGACAUGUGGAGCCUGCAGCUGAUGGACGCAGUCCCGCAGGUCCAGCUGGAAGGGAACCCCUGGCUCUGUGACUGCAGCGCGCACCCUCUGCAGCAGUGGCUGCAGCGCAGGCAAGCUCUGCAGGUGACCUGCGCAUCACCCCCAUGGCUGCGGGGCCGGGAGCUCGCAGCGCUGGAUUCCCAGGACCUGGGCUGCCGGAUGAAGCAGCGGUUCCCUCGGGAGGUCAGCACAGUGCAGCAGAUCACAGUGACCCACAGCAACACCACCGCCCCACCCACUGGGAAAGGGGGAAGGAGCUGGCCGUACCUGGUGGGCUUCCUAGGGGCAGCAAUUGGCAUCUCCAUCCUGGUCGCGCUGGUUGCCAAGUGCAAGAUGUUCCACAAGAACUUCACCAGCUACCACCACCGGCCACUGCCCGAAACCAGCUCAAUCGGAGGCAGCCCCAUGGAGGAUGGCAGCAGCUGGGACAGGGGCUCCUCAGGCCAAGGGGCCUCCGAGAACCACCCUAUGCCUGGUGCUGCCGACCUGCAAGGUGAGGAUGAUGAUGGCUUCAUCGAGGACAACUAUAUUCAGCCAAGUGAGCAGGUGCCGGAGGAAGAGGAGCGGCAGUUGCACCUCUCCAUCUGAGCCUGCAGCCCAGCAGCCUCUCGCUGUCCCCCUCACCUCCAUCCCCUUCCUACCCUUUCCCACCUUCCCUUGGCAUUUAGCCCCACAUGGUUGGGGGCAGGAGGAAAGGAUUGGAAAGGAGGGGAGAGAAAGGGUGCACUGGGAAUGGUGAUGGAGGCUGAAGGCAGCCAGCCCCAGCAUGAUGCCAGUGAGGCUGCAACAGCAUGGGGACACUAGACCUGCUCCUGCUCUCCCAGCCCUGUUUGGAUGCUGAGGAUGAAGGAGAUAGUGCUUGUUGCACCCAGGCAGCCUGGUUGGGUGGGAAGAUUAGCCUGCCCUGGUGCUCCCUGUGGGGUCUCGGGCACCAGCCUUGCUGCCCCAUGGUGCCGUACACAGCCCUGCUCUGUCCUUCAAGGUGGUAUCACUCCAGGGUGUGAUUAAAAGUGUGAUUAAA